GUUUUUGAUUAAUGAAGCAUGUAAUUCCCGGAAAACUCAUUAGAAAUUUCCCAUUUUAAAUGGGAAAACAAAUUACUUUAAUUAUUGGUACUGAUUGCAUGUGUCAAAUUAAAAAAGGUUUAUUUUUACAAAUAAAAAACGGCUUUAUUUUACGCAACAUAUAAAACCACACACAUAAUCAUCUGAAGUAAAUGUAAUGUGAUUUAUUUUUAUCGUUCGUUUAAUAAUCAUCGAUUAUAUUGAAUGUGGUGGAAAUUUAUAUGCAAAUUGGUAUAGGUAGUAACUAACGGUUGAAUAAUAAUGCGGAAGGAAUUUUUUUACACAAUUUAUAAAUUUUAAAAAUGCUUAUUUUUUCCAUGAAAAGUACAAUUAACUUUCACUUAAUUGUAGGAACGUAUUGCUUUUUUUAGCACAUUUUCUGUUAGCGCUUUUAAAAGUUUUUGCUGCAAUAUGGAAAUAUUUUAUUAUUUUUGCACAAAAGACCAAUUAACUUUGAAGAUAAAUUGAAGAUUUACUUCUAAUAUACUGCAAAGGACAAAGAAGUCAUACACUGUAGAAUAAAUUUACCAGCCCUUACAUACCAAGAGGUAAUUGUUUAUUAUAAUCGGUUUUGAAAAGGGAUGUUGGCAUUAUUACGGUCAAUACGGAGGGAUAACAAACAUUCCCUUUGCACAUGGUUAUCCGACUCGUUGCUCAGCUGAAUCGAACGGCAAGGUUGAUCAGGGUGGUCUGGGAUUGUACCGUUGUCCCGGACGAAAGCAACGGGCAACGGAGCUGGUGUAGAGUAGGUAACCACCACGACGCUGGACCCGUUGCCGAUUGUGACGAAUUAGCGCAGACUCUCCAAGGAAAUCAGCGACGUCUUCCUAGGCUACGGCACGCAAGCCCUGAAUUUGGCCUGCCUCCCUUUUACGGAUAACACCCUGUCGCUAUCAAGUACCACGACGGUCAAUGUCUUUAGUCCCGGUCGUUAGCUGAGCAUGAACAUUACUACUUCUUGCACAGGGAUUACGUUUUAUCAUGAGGCUGUGAAAUCAAUAGAAAAAAGGUAUACUUAUCCAUUUGACUUAAUAACGUUAUUUUAUUAAAAGCGUUAAUUCCUUAGCAAAAUGGUUUAUAUAUUAAUCAAUUAAUUGGAAUCAAGUGGUGAUAUGUUAGGCCAUCAACAGCGACACAGUAUCAGUUACUGCAAUGAGACUCUACCAAGUCGAUGGGGUAGUUUGGCAAACGAGCACGCUUUUAUAGAUCUGCUGGAUGGCGAUCACGCACAAGUACAGCCCUUAACCCUUACCCUUGCACCUAUCAAUUCUAAUAUUUAUGCUAGAAGACAUUCUUCGCACAAUUGUCAAAGCACAGUAGAUAAUGCCACACCGAUACCCCCUCCAGUACCCUUACGUAAACCCCCCGUUCAGAAUUCUAAUGUUACAUUGCCGACAUCGUUUCAAGAGGUGACAAAUAUCGACAGGCGACCACCGCCUCUUCCUCCAACUCCAAAAAAUAGAGCAUUGCCAGAAUCACUUCGACACCACGCAAAACCUCAACCUCCACCCAGAGGUGUUCGUUUUGUUUAUUCCGACAAACAAUAUUCUCCAAAAUCUGGCAAACAAACUAAUACCUGUCCAAAUGUAUUUGAUUUUACUGCAGCUAAUUCAACAUCUGUUCAAAAACUUACAAAUAACAUAAAUUCUACCACUAAUGCUGGCACAAUUUAUAGUAACGGAAAUGCAUGCGAGAAAUAUAAUCGCAUUACGUUCCAAAAAAACGUUCAACACAAUCAGUCUUCUAAUACGAAAUCUUUAACACGCCAAGACAUGAGUAUCUCAAGCGACAGUUGUAGCCAGACGUCAUCGCCUUCUUAUACAAUUAAAACCAUGGGAACGCCUUUAAUUCCUUUGAGAAACUCGGGAAAGCAUCAGAACGGUGGGAUUUUUAAUAAAUUACAAAAAGAUGGGAAAGAAGCGAAAGAACGAAAUAGUCCCUUAACAAAAAGUGCUUCAACUCCUGCCAGCUUACAAGCUAUUGUUAAAUUGCAACAUGGAUCUAACGCUUCUCUACAUCACAAGAUUAUUAAAGACAUGAGAAGACCGUCAAGUAUAUCUGUUAAAAGAGUGAAACUAAAAUUCCAAUUUGCCCAAAUAUUAAUAAACGCAGUUGCUCUUUUGGCUAUAGGCGGAGGAAUGGCAGCUUACCUGAAAGGUAGCUCUCAACCACCUGCAGUUCAAAUAAUAAAUAAGCCGAUAAAUUACACCACCAAACAAUUUAUAGUUUCUCCUUCAACAGUUCCCUCUAACCCAGCUCCUGGAAUAUGUCUCCCAGUGAUAGUAGAUUUUUGCCAUCACCACAAUGUCCCCUACAAUUAUACUGUAUUUCCUAAUUACCUAGGACACUUUAGUCAAAGGGACGCAGACCUUGAACUUGAAGCGUACGAUGCGGUUGUAGAUGUUAGAUGUUACGAGCUAGCAGCUUUAUUUCUCUGUUCUGUUUUUGUUCCUAAAUGUGGAGAAUCAGGUGUUAUGAUUCGUCCGUGUCGCAACCUGUGUGAUGAAACCAAAAGACGAUGUGGCUUUUUCUUAGACGUUUUUGGAUUAGCUUUACCAAAUUAUUUGGAAUGUGGUCUUUUUCCUGACUCUUCAGAUCCAGAAAAAUGUGUAGGUCAUAAAGAAGUAAUGGAAGCCAAAUUACGAGCACAAAAACCGAUAUGCCCAUCAGGGUUCCAGUGUGAUGUCAGAAGAUGUAUUCCAAAAGAAUGGAGAUGCGACGGGCACAUAGAUUGCAAGGACCAAUCUGACGAAUUAAAUUGCCAUAAAUGUAGCCCUGGAAUGAUUCACUGUGGUAACGACCGAUGUAUGGCGCAAGAACAAAUGUGCGAUGGAAAAGUAGAUUGUCCCAUGGGACAAGAUGAAAGGAAUUGUCUACGUCUGAGUGAAAGAAAUGGAGACGAAGGUAAAGGACAAUUAGAGAUUUUUCGCCCAGAAUUUCAAAAAUGGGUCCCUGCUUGUAUUACCCACUGGAAUGAAACAAAGUCAGCUUUAAAUAUCUGUUCUUUAUUAGGAUACUCGUCUGUUAACUCAAGUCGCCUUUUAAAUGGGAGUAAUCUAAAUUCUGAACUCGUUCAAGAGAACACUGCAUUGUGGUGGAUGCAUCAGAAUAGGCGUUCCAAGAACUUGCUACGAGAAUUUAGUUCUUGCAAAGGCAGUUAUACAACAGUUGAUCUAACUUGCACUAAUUUUCGUUGUGGUAAAACUAGGAAAUCGUAUGCUGAAAAGUCAUUAAGAAUAAUAGGCGGAGUUAAAUCACGCCCUGGAGAUUGGCCGUUCUUAGCUGCACUUUUGGGCGGACCUGAAGAAAUUUUUUAUUGCGCAGGAGUUCUUAUAGCUGAUCAGUGGGUUCUAACAGCUUCACAUUGUGUCGGCAAUCAUUCUGAUGUAAACGGUUGGACAAUUCAAUUGGGUAUCACUAGGAGGCAUGCACAUUCAUAUUAUGGUCAAAAAAUGAAAGUUCAACGUGUUGUUCCACAUCCAUUGUAUAAUGUUGGUACUGCUCACGAUAACGAUGUUGCUUUAUUUCAGUUAGCAUCAAGAGUUACAUUUCACGAGCAUCUAUUGCCGGUGUGUCUUCCAUCUUCUACUAAAGAACUUCGACCUGGAACUGUGUGUACAGUCAUUGGCUGGGGAAAAAAGGAAGACAAAGGAAUGUCAGAAUACGAGCCGGAGAUCAAUGAAGUAGAAGUUCCAGUUUUGAACCGUGAACUUUGCAACGCAUGGCUUGAGAAUCAAGACCUUAACGUCACCAAUGGAAUGAUCUGCGCUGGUUAUAAGGAAGGAGGAAAAGACGCUUGUCAGGGGGAUUCUGGUGGGCCCCUUUUAUGUAAGGAUGAAGAAGAUCCUGACAAGUGGUUCGUAGGGGGUAUAGUAAGUUGGGGUAUAAAAUGCGCACAUCCUCAUUUACCAGGUGUAUAUGCAUAUGUUCCCAAAUACAUACCGUGGAUAUUAAAACAAAUAGCUCUUUAUUCAAAUUAGACUAUCAAAAUUGAUAUGCCGUUUCUAGUAGUCAAUAUGGUAGCAGGUUACUUCGUAAAUGAUGUCAAAUAUUUACAACUAUAUAUAUAUAUAUAUAUAUAUAUAUCAUAGACCAACAAACAUGUAGAGCUUUAAUACAACUAAAUAUUAUUCAUAAAAAGGAGUACAGGUACUAUGAGAAAAUAAAUAAAUAAGGAAAAACGGCUGCAGGAAUACAUAUAUAAAGGAAUUAUCGAUAAUGGGAACUUAUGAAUUUAUAUUAUUCUUUUAUCAGAAUGAUUGCUUUUACCUUACAUAUCACUAUAAUUAAAUAAUGCAGACUGAUAAGUGAAAGUAAAGGCAUCUUUGCUAUUUACAAAUUAUUUUUAUUCAGUAGAAUCAAAAAGAUAAUAAGCCAAGAUACGGUUAACGUUUUAAUCGAAUUUUAAUUAUAACUAUCAUAUUUUUUAUUAAACUUAUAGUAGGUAAAUAUUAUAUAUGUAUACUUCAAACGAAAUCUACUUUAACUGAAAAUGAGGUUGUAGCAAAAUACACAAACAUUUUUAAAACUAAAGGCUGUUAGGUGUCUGCAUUGUACGCUUAGAAUAAAAUAGUCGAACAAUUUAAUAUUCGGCUAAACAGAAACAUGUAACAUAUACAUAACUAAUAGUUCUAUUUGAUAACCGAAUUCUGUGCUGUGAAUUGGACAGAAACUUACGGCCCUUGCGGCUUGCUUAUAUUAUAGAAAGUAACUAUUUAGUAAUCUUUACCAUAAACAAAAUUUUGCGAAAUUAAUAAAUUAUGCAGCUAUGGUACAAAAUGUGAAAUGGUACAAUGUUCUACCCUAAUGCUUUAAUCUGAUGCAUUUGUAUGUGUAGCAAAGCAGACAAUUUAGUUACGCACAAAGAAUCUAGAUUAAUUUUAUAGUGAUAUUUUCUAAUAAUAAAUUCAUCUAGUGUUCGAAUGGACCGCCACCUACAUGUGAUCUGUUUAUAUAGCGUACUGUCAUACAUGUAUGCGUAUGUUAUACGUUUAGGUAACGUAUAUAUGUACGUCUCUAAAGUCAAUUUUGAUAAUUCAAAAAAAAACAAAAAUAAAAAAAAAUCGACAAAUGUGACAAUAAUUCGACUUUAGGGACUUUGAAACGCUUAAAAUAUAUUUUAUACCCUUAGAAUAUAUAUAAAAUAAAAAAAACGAUUUAGUGAAGAGACAUAUGCAUAGUUUUCUAUAGAUUUAUAUACUUAACUAAUGAUUUUUACGAUGAAUGGUUUUCUGAAUUUCUUAUUGUUUAGAUGAAAUUGGCAAACGUUCGUUACUAUAUAAAGUGUGUGCUGCUCUGCUAUGCUUAUUUGCAUAAAUACUUUCCUAGCUAUUUACUUAUCCCAAAUUUUUUCUACUUCAUCGUUAGAUAAAAUUCUAAAAAAUAUAGUGAGCCUUAUAAGUAUAGCGCUAUUUAUAGUAGGAAUCUUUUCAUCUUUAAGAAUGCUAUAUAUAUAUUAAAAUACUAAAAAUUAUAAAAAUUAAAACCCGGAGAGAACUAAAUAACUUAAUUAAGGAAAUGUUUUUUUAUAAGAAUGAAGUGUGUCGUUUAGGUAAAGGUUUCGAAUUUUUGUAGAUAAUCCAAUAGAUUUAACGAAUAUAUAUGAUAUAGUAGAAAAAUGUGAAACGAUUCAAAUUAGUUCUGUAAUUUGUGGUGCUUUGAUAUACCCCAUUUUCAUAAACUCGCAUUUCUAGUCGUAGUGUUUUGUUGCUUUUUCGCUAGUUUAACAUCAUACUGAAACAUACAUUAUUUUCUUUUCAUUUUAUUUAAAAAAAAAAACUCCAAAUUGCGUACCUAAUUCGUCCAAAAAAUGCUCCACUAUUAAUUUUGAACGUUAGUAGAUAAAUAACGCUUACCGUUUUCAUUCGCAUUUGUAUAUUUAACGUAGUUAUAUUGCUACAACUCAUCACUGCCAUGUUUAAAAAAAGAAAUCUCAUAAAUGUACAUGUACAUAUAUACUCAUUUCACUACUACCAGUGAGAAUCUUUUUCUCUUAACUCACAUCAGUUACUCAUUAAAAAUUUCAAAUUCAUACUUUAUCAAUGAUUGACGGCUGUUAUAAGAGGCCUAAUACAUAUAAAUCUACAGACGUAGGAAUUUCUUUUUGCUUAUUAUAAGGCUGCAACGAUAAAUAUGAAAUAAACAGUAACAACAUUAACUAUAAUAUUUAUGGUAACCUUUUAUCAAUGCAACUACGCAUUUUUACAUCAAAUGUACUUUCUCACCAUCGUAUUAAAAGUGUCUUAAAAAUGCGAUCAAAUUUUCUUAUAGAUUUAACUCAUCUUCAUUGUAAGUGUAUAUACAUAUGACUGUGUUUGAAUACUUUUUAUAGACUCACGCGCUGAUUAUAAUAGUGUUACUAAGAUUGUCAGAAUUUCGAUAUUUUCGAAACAUUCAUGUGAAGUUUGCCAAUUAAAUCUAAAGCUAUAAGUAAAACGAAAUUGCGAAUUGUGGGCAAUCACUAAGAAUAUCAUAUAUAGUUAAAAAAGCAUACAUACAUACAUACAUACAUACAUACAUAACUACAUAAUAAAACAUAUAUAUAUAUGAUAGAAGUAGCAGUAUAUGUUAUUAUGUUAAAACAUUUUUAAAUGAGAUACAUUAAAACCGUGAUCCCUUAUUAACUCAUGACAAUACAUAUAUAAUGACAAUAGCAGAAAAAUAUCGAAGUAAAUUUAAAUAAAUACUUGUUUGAUGUGAAACUUACAGUUGUAACCGACUCUGUUAUGUACUUUUUUAGAUACUUAGAAUGAUGAGUAUUGAGUGUUAUAUUAUAUCAUUUAUCGAGCUUAAUUAUUUUUGAGCUAGUCUUAUUAAUUUAUCUAAGCUUUAGCCAUUGUUAUAUGUUAAAAGGAAAAGGAUUGACGUUACAAGCUACCUUCAAUCUUAAAUGAUAGGACUGUGAACCUUCUGUUCGGAAUGCAUAGGUGCACCAUGCUUCCAAACUGCUGAAUUGUGACGUACAUAUGUUGAAAUUUUGUAGUCAAUAUAUUAUACUGUUAUGCUGA